AUGUGCGGCUUGAUCAAUUUUCGGGAGCGUAAAGAAAAACAGGUCUUGACGCCUCGGCACGCCUGUGGCAGCAAUCGAGAGAAUUGCCUACGCAUCGACCCGGGAGGCAGUAAGCUCUGCCAAAAGGCCCAUUGUAACAAAGUUGGGAAACCGGCUUUAGGUAGUAGUAGUAGCCAUUUGCUGGUGGGGCCACGCGCGCGCGACCAGGCCAAGGGUGACAGCAGCAACGCAGUACGCCGCAAAAUACAAGGAGAGAUGAGAGUGAGGACAAAAAAACAAAAACCUGCCACCAAGUACGGGACGCUCGCAUUUCUCGUAUGCAUGUCCAUCCACGAGGAAGCCGUGAUCCCGAGCGAGAAUGUAGGUACAACGCGUGAAGAGCAAUUUACUAUCUCAGACCCCUUUAAGGCGUUUGCAGAGUGGCUCACAACUACCCGCGAUGGCCCAGCGGGUUUUAAAGAUAAAUUGCCGAUUUGGCAGUCUGCGAUUGGCUCCCGGCGCGCCCCUGGCGACGGGUUCAGCCUUUUGAGGUUACUUUUGUACUGGUCGCGUUUUGUAACAAGGGGCGCAUUUGCUGUGCCACAGCGAAGGCUCUCGAUCAAGGGCAAGGAUGUCCCAAAGUCGUACAUUGUCAGCAAAGCCGAGCGGGUCAAGGCUGGCUGGUUGGCGGUAAUGCGUGAUGUGACCGGCGAGAAACAAGCUCCGAGCGGCCACCCGCGUCCAUUGAUUAGUCUAGCUGCAAAUCCUUUCGAUUUUCGAGGGGCUGGCUGGCGAACGAGAGAAGUAGAAUUGGCAAUGCCUAGAAAAGGUUACAAUAACAUCCCCGAUUCUGCGAUGGAGUUCUACUGCGUGUCAUCACUUAUCUGUCAGCCUGCGAUGAUGAUAGCUGGAACCUGGCCCAGCUGA